AUUAAAAAGCCACAUGACCUACUUCAGGAAAAAUGUGCUAUAGAAUUCAAAAUAUCCAAUUAUGUUCAAAAUAAAGACUUUUUACCAUGUAACUGUUCAAAGAUCAUUUUUGCCAAAGGUGAAUAUUCUUGGUCUCGUUAACAAAAAUAAUCAAUAUAUUCUGGGUUAUAUGUGGGUUUUUAACAAAGGAGCAGCUGAAGAAGUGUUGAUGUGAUGAAAGGAGGAUUACAGACGUCCGUGGAGCACCUUUACUUUCCGUCUAAUCUGAGUGGGAUGGAACGAGCCGGGACUCCUCCUCGCCAUCCCAUGGGCUCUGGGGACGGCGAGCGGCAGAACUUCACUCAUCAGCGAGGCUGAACCCAUGGCGCUGUUCCUGCACUCGGAUUUCCCUUUGAUCAAGCAGCAGAAGGACGUGGAGAUGUUUGGAGACCAGGAGGUCUGUAAAGAGGGUCUCAGCGGGGGGGCCGUGUCCCCUCAGGAGGCGGACAGAGGCGGCGCUUUGACGGAGGGUCAGAGGAAAAGGAAGAGGACAAUCUUCAGCCGAGCCCAGCUGUCGGAGCUGGAGCAGGCCUUUGCAGUGACUCCGUACCCCGACAUCACCCUCAGGGAGAGGCUGGCGGCGCACACACACUUACCUGAGAGUAAGAUACAGGUCUGGUUCCAGAACAGAAGAGCGAGGAGCAUUAAAACAAGCAGACUGAGCAGGCCCACCAAGUCUGAUGGAAGAGGUCCAUGUCUCCUGGAGCCUUCUGCUGGACUCGGGAGCUCCACCUACCCAGCUACAACCACCCUGGCAGAGAUAUUCAGGCAGGACCAGAACCAGUCCUGUGAAGAAAUGCCUCAAAUUUACUCUGAUUUGAUCCAAAUUUAUAGCAACCAGGUAUCGUACACCGCUCCAUCUUCUUCAUCGCUUCAUCAGCAGCCUGCACCAAAGCUCCUCCAAAGCUGCUCCAAAGGGUCAGAUGGGCACCGCUGGGAGGAGGAGCAGCAGCUGGGGCCGAGAUUCAGCCGCAUCAUUUCCGGAUCUUUUCCUCAGCCAAUCAGCAGGCAGGGUCACCACCAUCCCUCCACCCGCUCAUACCAGGCCUUCACCAACUUCAGGCCUCAGAGCCUGGCUCCGCCUGGGAACCAUCAGCCCGUGUACGGAGCCAGCGUUGGCGGUGGAGCUCACGCUUCAGCGGACCAAACUUCCCAUCAUCAACCAGUGUGCUGGGAGGUAGCCCAAGGGCAAGGCCACCACCACCACCACCAUCAUUCCCAAAUGGGACCUCAGACCUCAAUGGGAUACAUCUCCGAUCUGAUCUACAACGCCGCCAUCGUGACCAACUUUCUGGAGUUCUAAUACGGAACAAUAAGAACAUUUCUAACCACCAUGUUUUACUUCCAUCCUCUGUGUGGAAUGUGUUGAUGUUGUCUUUUAGUAGAGUAACAUAGAGACCGUUAUCCCUGCACGCCGUAGCUACUGUUGAUGUUUAGAAGGUAUCUUUGGUUUUACCUCUGUAGUUAUUCCUUAGGAUGGUCGUUACCAAGUAUUCCUGAACAACCGUUUGUCUUUAAGAUGCGGGUGGAGGAGAUAAUCUAAACCUAAAGACCGAAAGCAAAACCAGACCCCAGAAACGGGUUUAUACGGAGCAAAG